AUGAGAACCUUUACAUUCUGCAUUCUGUUGGUCUCAAUGACCGUGUUGGUGGAAUCCUUCGUUCUCCAAGAGCUCCCAUUGUAUCGUGAGGAGCGUCGGGAAGAGGGAUUUAAGAGAGCCGCUCGAGCCGACAAUUUCCCGACUUUUGGUCGACUACGGGCUUUCUGGUCGCGGAAUCAAGCACUUCAACGACUCUUGGCCAAUCAGAAUUCGAUGGAAUAA